AAACACUUAGUACCCAACAAAAUGAGAGACUUUUUCUGUACCAUAAACUUGGACCAAGAAGAAGUUUUUCGUACACAGGUAGUUGAAAAAUCUUUAAGCCCUUAUUUUGGGGAAGAGUUUUACUUUGAGAUUCCAAGAACAUUCCAGUGGUUGUCCUUCUACAUUUAUGAUAAAAGUGUUUUACAAAAAGACCUGCGUAUAGGAAAGGUGUCAAUCAAAAAAGAAGAUUUAUGCAAUUACACAGGAAAAGAGAACUGGUUUAUGCUUCAACCUGUUGAUUCUAAUUCAGAGGUUCAGGGAAAAGUUCACCUUGAAUUAAAACUGAAUGAACUGAUAACAGAUAAUGGAUCUGUGUGCCAGCAACUAGUAGUACACAUAAAGGAGUGCCACGGGUUGCCUCUUAUAAAUGGACAGAAUUGUGACCCUUACGCAACAGUCUCUCUUGUGGGGCCUUCCAGGUUUUGUACUGGACUUUUGAUAUCUGCACUGUACUUCCUAUUAAUUUUUGUCAAAUUCCUGUAUGGGACAAUAUAGUCAAUUGCUCACCCGC